CAGAUGUCACUCGGCCUUUACCUCAGCAACAGCAGCAGCAGCAACAGCAGCAGCAGUCACUGAAACUGAGACAUCCUGGGGACUCGGGGAGGAGGAACAGGGCGAGUGGUGUUAGAAGUGGUGCUGACACAAGCACAUCGGACACUGGUCGCGGUCGGUCUAGGUCAACCAGAGACAGUGAAAGUGACCAUAGAGACAGUAGCAUGCAGAAUGAUAGCAUGGAGGUGACAGCCAGUUUCAUGGAUGACCCAACAGAAACUGAGGUCAGUGAAAGUGACAGAGGUCAGAGGUCGCAGAAAAGAGAAGGUCGUGAUAAUCGGAAUGUGGGUCGUCAUGACCAAACGUCGGAAGGUUACUCAGGAGAAGAAGACACCGAUGCUACGCCAAAACCUUCAACACGAUUAAAAAUCAGCCAAAAAUCAGAAAACAAAGAAUCAACAUCACCAUCCAAACCUCAGCGUAAAUCUCGCACCUUGGCGUCAGAGGAAGAAGAGGAGAUAACUCCGAGAGCCACACCAACACGAGGAAUGCAAGUAUCGAGAUAUGUCUCUUCCUCUGACAUGGAGACACCAAGAAGUGUCCAAGCCAGAACGAGACAGACUGCUCCACCAAGAUCAGGGGUCUCCAGGGCUUCACCUGCUGGCAGACAGCUGGAUCGAACAGAAGAACAUGCUAGGAGGGGGUCAGACAGAGGUCAGGAGUCAGAUGCUACACGGGUGUCGUCUGCAUCAGGAUCUCGCCUACGUGCUCUACAAGAUGAGGUUGAGAGGUUAAAGGAGAGAGUUGAACAGGCCGUGGAAUCCCCCCCACAAGCACCUCUUCCACCUCCUCAAAGUCAGCCCGAGUACUAUGACCCUUUUGAUGAUCCCUAUGGCUUCAUGAGGAUGCCAAGGAGGAGAGCCAACUCCUUUUCGGGCACCAAUACUCGGGAGUGGGAUGAAUGGUACUGGACGCUGCCCAAUCAGCGGAGAAACGAUGGCUCGGACAUCCCUCUUGGGUAUGCUGCAGCAGAUGCUUAUGCUGACGCGGCUCCCCACCUCAAGCUGCGGAAUCUCCCUGCAGGAGUAGAAUAA